AUGGGAUUGACAUCUGGAAGUCAGAUACCUCCUAAAUUCAAGUGCCACCUAAAUGAUGAUGAUGUCACUGCUUCUGUGAAAAGUGAAAGGAGAAAUCUGUUGGAAGAAGAUUCAGAUGAAGAAGAGGAUUUUUUCCUAAGAGGUCCAUUUGGACCAAAAUUUAGACCUCAGAAUGACAAAAUUAGGCAUGUACAGAAUCAGGUGGAUGAAGUAAUUGAUGUCAUGCAAGACAAUAUUACAAAAUUGAUUGAAAGAGGAGAGAGACUGAAUGAGCUGCAAGACAAAUCAGAAAGCUUACCAGAUAGUGCAACAAGUUUUAGCAACAGAACUAAAUAGCUUGGAAGACAAAUUAAAGACAAAUGGUGGCGUGGAUACAAAAUGAAAGCCAUCAUGGCUCUCGUUGCUGUUAUCCUUUUGCUGGCGAUCAUCAUUCCUGGUGUCUUGAAAUACUGGGUUUAUUUCAAUUACCAGAGAUCUUCAAUAAAACAAUUCUGGGACAAUUAA